GGUCUCAGGGCUGCUUCUCUUGGGAAUCUCUCGCUUCUCUAAAUCCUCUCUCCGAUGUCGGUGAGGACAGUGAAAGUGACCAAUGUGUCACUUAGUGCAUCUGAGAAGGAUGUGAGAGAGUUCUUCUCGUUUUCUGGUGAUAUUGAGUAUGUGGAGAUGCAAAGUGCAGAUGAGUGGUCUCAAAUAGCGUAUGUGACUUUCAAAGAUCCACAGGGAGCAGAUACAGCACUGCUUCUUUCGGGAGCAACUAUAGUUGAUCUUUCUGUCAUCAUUACACCGGCACCAGAGUACCAAAUUCCUUCCCAUGUUGUCACUCCUCCCACGGAUGCACAGACAGGCACUUCCUCAUCUUCUGAUUCCGCCGUUCAGAAAGCUGAAGAUGUUGUCAGUACCAUGCUCGCCAAAGGCUUUGUCCUGGGGAAAGAUGCCAUCGGCAAAGCAAAAUCUUUUGAUGAGAAGCUCCGAAUCACAUUGACCGCUACCUCCACGGUAACUUCAAUUGACAAGAAGAUCGGGCUGAGUGAGAAGAUAAGUGCAGGGACCUCGGUAGUUAACGAUAAGGUCAAGGAAAUGGAUCAGAGAUUUCAUGUCUCGGAGAAGACAAAAUCUGCAUUUGCUGCUGCAGAGCAGACAGUGAGCAACGCAGGAUCGGCAAUUCUUAAAAACAGGUAUAUAUUCACAGGUGCAUCAUGGGUCACCGGAGCUUUUAACAAGGUUGCGAAGGCUGCAACUGAUGUCGGCUCCAAAACAAAAGAAAAGGUAGCUGCUGAGCAAAGCCAGGAGAAAUAAGGGUUCGCAACCUCGAUGUGUAUGAUACUUUCAAUUCUCUGUGAAAGUGUUGUCUUUGUGUCACUUGGGCAGGUAUGUUUGCAUAUUUCACUUUGUAGUCUAUAGUUUAUAGUUUAUAGCUGUGAUUGCAGGGCUAAGUGUAAACAGUGUUAUACUUGGCUGCGCAUCUUUUAUCUUCAUUCCUAAGUUCUUGUUCUGUCAA